AUGUUCUCCAGCGACAACUCCCCCAGCUCGUCUUCAUCUUCGUCGACCAGGUCUUCACCCAUUCAUCAUGCCAGCUUGGUAGAUGCUUCAACUCAUUCACCGGCUCUACUCCAGCUCGUUGACGUUAAGCUUUCAAGGCAAAUCUUAGAUUAUGUCGUCGAUUGCGUAGCAGAUACCGUCGAUUUUGCCAUGGGUCGGCCUCCUCUGCCACCUAACAAGAGGUUAUCUCGCCGCGCAGGACUCAGCUCAUUCACCACCUUUGUCACAAAUGUUUAUACUCGCGCUGAAGUGACAAUGCCUGUCAUCUUGUCAUCACUGGCUUACAUCGAUAGAGCCAAGCCUCAUUUGCACAUUGCCCUCGAAGAAUGGGCGCUCGAAAGAGUAUUUCUUGGCGCAUUAAUCCUUGCAUCCAAGUACUCCAACGAUUCCACACUGAAGAAUAUCCAUUGGGCACUUUGUACUGGAGUUUUUGGGAAACGAGAUGUUGGUCGAAUUGAGCGAGAGUUUCUUGACGUCUUGAAUUGGGAGCUGAGUGUCUCUGAGGAGAAUAUUCUCGCUCAUUACGACGGUAUCUUUGCCGCAAUCGCUCCUUCACCUUCACGUCGCCACACUCGUCAGCGCUCACCUUAUCCAAGAAUAUCUCGGCACCACGCCCGCAGUCAUCAUCGUAGUUCUUGUCCGGAACUCGAACCUUCUAGUCCCAUGUCAUCGGAAGGCACUUCAUCACCACAAACACCAUCUACAUUGAACAGUUCACCCGAAUUCUUUUCCCUCCCCAAAGCUGCUCCAAAACCGCAGCCUGAUGUGGUUGUCCGAGGCUGGAAGCAAUCGCUGCCCAUCUCAUCUCACUACACGCAGCAAUCAAUACCGAUCCCAAUACGAGUUUGA